CUGAAGAACUCUAUCUUAUCAGCCAAUCACCAGAGCUCUGUGGUGGGAAUAACCUAACCAGAGUGCAGGCUGCAUACUUCUGUGCCAGCUCAUUACCUUCCCCAAAAGUCUCAUUGCUGGUGAGCCAUGGAGCUGCUUGUAAAUGUAAGAAAAUGGAUAGAAGAAAACAAAGCUGCUUUUUUGCCCCCCGUCUGCAAUAAGCUUAUGCACUGUCAGCAGCUGAAUGUGAUGUUUGUUGGAGGACCAAACCAAAGGAAGGAUUAUCAUAUUGAAGAAGGAGAAGAGUUAUUUUACCAAGUGGAAGGAGACAUGUGCUUGAAGAUAAUUGAAAAUGGAAACCACAGAGAUAUCCACAUCAGAGAAGGGGAGAUGUUUCUCCUACCUGCCAGGAUACCACAUUCUCCUCAGAGGUAUGCAAAUACUGUGGGACUCGUGAUCGAGAGGAAAAGGCUAAACACAGAAACAGAUGGACUCAGAUAUUAUGUUGGAGAAUCAACUAAUGUCCUGUUUGAAAGAUGGUUUUAUUGUGAGGAUCUUGGCACACAACUUAUACCGAUAAUCCAAGAGUUUUUCAACUCAACACAAUAUCACACUGGAAAACCAAAUCCAGAUGAUCUCCUGAAAGACACCCCUUUCCCACUAAAUGCCACUGGAGUCAUGGAUCCAUUUCCCUUCCAAAUCUGGCUAAAUGAUCAUCAUGGAGAAAUAAAUCAGAAGAAAUCCUUGACCGUGUUUGGAGACAAUUUUGAGACAGAGGCUGUAGUUUAUGGACAAGGAGUAAGUGAAGGAAGCAAAACGAAUGCCGAUAUCUGGAUAUGGCAGCUGGAAGGCACAUCUGUUGUUACUAUGGAUGGUAAAACACUGAGUCUAGCUGCUGGUGACAGCCUGCUCAUCCCUGCCCUGUCUAGGUACCACUGGAAGAGAGAGGAAGGAUGCAUUGCUCUUUACAUUGCUCAAGACCCAAUACACAAAAGACCCUAUGCCUAAUUUCUGGGAAUGUAAACUAAACAUUGGUGAUCAAAAACUUUAUCCCACAUAGAUCAUUUUAAAGAUGGUGCUGACAGGGCUACAGUAAACAACUGUAAACUGAAUUACAUGUCUAAUAAAAAGGUUACAAUUAAAUUUUGGUUUCAAGCAAUAGAUCCAAUUAAACGUAAAGCUUGCAUACGAUAUACUGCACGAUAAACUGACAACUAUGAGCUAUUUGGUUAAAACGCAGAACACUCAUUAUUCCAAAAGAAAUGUGAAACUGAUUUAAGUAAUGCAGCCAAAUAUACAGAUUUAUAUACUUGAUCUUGAAAGCUGAAGCUAGACAAAUUCAUCCUGGAUAUAAGGUGUACAUUGUUAACAGUGAGAGUAAUGAACCACUGGAACAUGUACCCAGGGUUGUGAUGGAUUCUUCAUCACUGGCAAUUUUUAAAUUAAGACUGGACGUUUUUCUAAAAGAUUCGUGCUAGGAAUUAUCUGGGGGAAGUUCUAUGGCCUGUGUUAUACAGGAGCUCAGACUAGAUCACAGUGGUCCCUUCUGGCCUUGGAACCUAUGAAUCUGUGAAUCCCAAUUACAGCAAAUAAAAGACCUUUCCAAAUAGGAGUCUCUUCUAGUAAUUGAAGGACUUCAGUGGGACGACUCAUGUGAGUAAUGGUUCCCCACUGGGACCCAUAGGUGUGGCCCAAUGUGACUACAUUAAAGGAUUUAGAGCGAGACCAUACCUUUAAGUUACAUUCAUUUUGUGAGCUCAGGGGUGCACGUGUGAGAUAUGCAGCUGUCACAUACACAGUCCUGUACAGACAACUGCAGUGGGGUGGAAAUGGGGCCAUCACCCAGUCCCUACUUGCCAUUUUGCAGCAUAAGAAGGGGCUGGUCCUUGUACUCCCCUAACACCCCUUCAGAGACUACAGUUGUAGCUGACCCUCAGUGUUUAUGUUUUCAAAUAAAUUAAAAGAGAUCAAAAAGAUAACAGUACAGCUUGACCUGAGCCUAUGAAAAUCUGGUAGGGAACAUAUCAUGCAUAUCACGUAAUACUUCAUACAACAUACAGUAUUGUAUGUAUAUCAACUGAUAUUGUGGCAAUAUGACUCUAAAGCACACAGAUAGGUCUGGUUGUAGUUCUCCAAAUGCCAAAACCUCAUUUUAAGGUGACCAGCUAUUCCUUCGAAAACCUGAAAGGGAUACCCCCUGCUAGUCCCCACUUGAUUUUUACUUUGGAAAUAUCUGGCAUGACAAGUGGUUUUCACUGGUUUCCUCUGGGGUCUCAAAGAUUUUACAUGGGCCUGCAUAUUGGAUCCUUUUACUACUGAAACAUUGAAAAACAAGUUAGUUAGAAAGGUGGUGUUACAAAAUCUUAACAUUUGUAUGUUUGUGAAAGUCUAAAAUUACUGUAGCUUGAAUAUUUCCAAUUAUACUAAUAAUGUAAAUUAAAAACAGACUGUUCCUGCCUAUAGAUUUUCAGUAUUUCUGCCUACCACCUACAGGGCUUAUUAAACUGAGCUGUCAUAUCUCUUUUAUGCUAUUAUUCAUUCCUUUGGGGAGAAGAUGUCAGAUGGAAUGACUUUAAUCCUUAACUCUUAUGGAAUGCUUACUCUGGAAGCUUUUCCAUUGGAGAGUACAACAGAACUUAAUUCCCACUCACAACUGUGAGACCCAUUGUGAAUAACUGAAUUUGGCUAAUUAGGGUCCAGUCCUGCUGUGCUUGCACAUGUGAGUAACUUUAACCAUAUGAAUAAUUCCCAUUAAAUUCACAGGAACUACUCAUGUGACUAAAGUUAUUCACAUGGUUAAGCGGCACUAUCUCCUCAGUGAGUAAGGGACACUCCUGCUCCUACUGAGGUCAAUGGGAGUUUUGGCACCAUCUUCAAGCAGGACUAGGAUUAGGGUCUGACCCAUAAGGUGUUGAGUAUUGAAGUCAGCAGGGGCAGAGGGUGCUCAUCACCUGGCAGGAUCAGGGCUUGAGUGGUCAAACAACAAGAAAAAGAAAGAUAAUCAAUAAUGUAUGCUUGAGCCUGCUCAAGCCUGGGAGAAAGAUUAAACCCUGUAUGUACCUUCUUAGAUAUUGUAAUGUUUUAAAUUGUUUUCAUUAUAGUAUUUAGAAAUAACUUCCUUAUAUACUUUUGUCUUCUUUUAUAACAACAAUGGAGCCAGAUCCUCCACUGAUGCAAAUUAGCAUAACUUCAUUGAAGUCUGUGGAGUUAUGCCAUUUAUACCAUUUGUCCAAUUAAGUCGUAAUUAUAUAAGUGCUCAUGGCAUCACUGUGGUACUAAACAUGUUAAAAUGUGGGGACAAUUAGAAAGAGUGCUGAUUGGCAAGAUUCUGCUGAACGUCGGCAUCUGAUCAUAACAAACAGCCUGGUCCCACUAAGCAACCACUGCGAUAAAAAGGAGUAAUCCCCAGCACAAUAAGGAAGUCACAAGUACUCACCAAUGUUUUCCAGUCUAUUGGAACAGGCAUAGCGAGAAAAUUUUCAGUGGGAGAAGCAUAUGUUUGGCCCAGUGAAAUUAAAGUGCAGUACAGUUUUAACCAAUAAAAAGAAAUCAUUCUCUAUGCAACAUGUAGAAUUCACUGAUAAAUAGUGGAGCCUGAUUUUAAAAAACACUGGAUAAUUUUAUCAUUAAGAACAUUUUUACUUGAGCUAUGACUGGUUUAAGAGUAACCAAACCUCAUGUUUCAGUGCAUAAACUGAUCGCUUGUAAAGGAUCAGGAAGGAAUUCCUCCUCCUUGAACAACAAUACAAGCAAGGGUGAAUUUUACUGCUUCCUCUGAAGCAGGGGUAGUCAAUAGGCGGACCUUGGGCCAAAUCUGGACUGCCAGAUGCCUUUGAAUGGGCCCCAAAACCUUUUUAUUUACUACUUAUUAUCAUCAUUUUUUUAAUUUUCUUCUCUGGAGUCUGGACCUUGACUAUACCUUGACCAAGAAAUUUGGACCUUGACAAAAAAUAAUUGACUAUCCCUGAAUAGUUCUGAAGUGUCAGGUUCCAGGCCCUACCAGAAGUAGGAUAUCAGACCAGUCAGCUCAGUGUUCAGAAAAUCUGCCCUGUAGCAGAACCUUUGUCCUCCUACACACUAAGAGUGGUAAGUUUACUCACACGUGGUAAAUAGAUCUUACUCUGAGGUUAUGUCUACACUAGAGAGCUUAUAGCAGCACAGCUGUACCGAUGCAGCUGCACAGCUGUAAGAUCUCUCGUGUAGCCGCUCUAUGCCAACGGGUGAGAGCUCUCCCAUUGACAUAACUAAACCACCCCCAAUGAGUGGCGGCAGAUAUGUUGGCAGAAGAAGCCUGUCAGAAGACAUAGCGCUGUCCACACUGGUGCUUAUGUCGGUGUAACUUAUGUUGCUUGGGGUGGUAUUUUUUCACACCGCUGAGCGACAUAAGUUAUACUGGCAUAAGUGGGAGAGUAGACAUGGCCUAAAUGUUGCACAGUGGAAGAAGUAGCCUCCCAUUUUAUAGUUUAAAAUGCUCAUUGUACAGUGCUUUCAGCUCCCCACCACCCACACUCACUUUAUGGAACAGAUGCAUAGAAAACAAACUUCACAUUCACAUAAAGAGAGAGAUAAAUUGAGUUAUCUAUGCAUUUUAAGAGGUUCCUACAAAAUGUCAUGUGUUCAUAAAAGCUUAUACUUCCUACAUGGAUUUUUCAGGGUUUUUUGUGGCUACCAACCUAGACUCCAUUUGAAGGAACAAAUUCAAAUUAGUUCCAGUUGUUAAGAUUGUCAGUCAUGGUUUAUUUCUAACUGAAGACACAAAUAGUGAUGGAACUAUUCCUUAACAGCACAACCUUCAAAAUAAGAGCUGGUCGGACUCGAAGUAAAACAGAGCUGAUGCAUAAGAUGAAUUGACUUAAAAUGAGUAACUAAAGGGCGAAUUAAAUUUCAUACUGUAUAUUAGAAACAAAGGCAGGGCUGCAAAGACAGGGUGCAAACAAGCUAGCUAGUGGAAGUACAAACUGAGCUAGCCAAUCAAAGACAUUCAGCAAGUCUGAAGGGACAAUCCAAAACCCACAGAAGUCAACAGCAGGGCUCCCACUGAUUUUGUUGAGUUUUUGAUGGAGACCUGACUCAGCAAAGUUAGAAAAAGGAAAUAGGUUAGAAAAGGAUUCAACAUGUUGUGCUUGAGCCUGCUAGGUGCUAAGCACCCUCAACUUCCAUUGUCAUCCAUGUGAGUUGAGGACAUGUAGCACUUCACGGAAUGCUCAGCACCUUUGCAGGAUCAAGCACUGAAAUAACAAAGUAAGUCAAUGCACUGUUGAUCUCAUAUCCUUCCUCAGAGCUCCCUAGUUCUGGGUUUAUUAUCUCUAGAAGGAGGCCUGUGAGAGUUUGUCUUUUGACUUGGUAUUGGUCAACAUUAACUACAAUCCCAUGACCUUUAAUAGUCUUAGUUUCUGCAUUUAAACUUAGUCAUUUGGGUAAAAAACCAUACUUCAAAAUGCUACCUAUACCGUGAAGAAAAAAACCAGAAGCCAUGUAAUCUAUAUUCAAUAAUAAGCUAUAUCAAAUAGCAUAUCACACAAACUGAUUUCAAAAGUGUGAACUUGAAGGGUUUGAUGUUCUCUUUGUUUUCUAACAGUUAGUCAAAAGUGCAUGUACCUGACCAUUGAGGCAACUUGUGGGUGGGGCACAAAGUAGCAGGGUAGGAUUUUUGGUAUGGUUUUACUGGUUUGGGGAAGCAGUGUUGUACUUUGGUUACAGCAAAAGGCUGAGAGUCAGGACUCAGGAGAUCUUGGUUCUGUUCCCCACUCUGUGACCAACUGAACGGGUAGCCCUGAUUUUGCAAGUGCAGGUACUCCACCCAUACUGCGGUGGACCCUGGUGCAUUUCUGAAUAAAAUUCUGUCCACCAUGCAGUGUGACCCCAAAUGUAUAGUGCAUGUGAGGUCAAAAGUCUGGGAGCACCAGUCCCCCAUGUUUCUGCCCCUGCUUACAGAAAGAUGAUAUUAAUGUAAAGUAUUACCACCAUUACUCAGAAACAGCUAGAACCUGGCUUGGAGUUGCAAUUAAAAAUUUGAGAAUAUCCUUAGUAUAUCAGAGUAGUACAGAAUGAUUGUAAUUGUAUAGUUCUCAUCAAGAGCAAUAAUGCAUUCAUUCAGAAGAUAUCUUAGUUUGAUUGCUGGAUUGGAAAAAUAAUUUAAAAGACAGAAAGCCUACUGUGUAAAAUAUAAAGCUUGUAACAGAUAAAGCCUGUGCGUUUCACUUCCAGUAGAUACACUUCCACUUGUACACUACUUGUACUUUAGGUUUUAUAGUUUGGGGACAGAUCUGAAGCAUCCAGUAAUGCCAGACUUAAUUUAAAACUUGGCAGAUGUUAAUGUAAAGCUUGAAGAUUCAAUUUAUAAUUUCAAGAGGUUAAGAGGGGGAAAAAAACACCAAAAAAACAACUGAAGCCAUUUAUAGUUAAUAGACCUGGCACUGUUUUUACUAAGAAUUCCAAAGACAGCAGUGCAUUGAAAAAUUGAACUGGUGAUGUAGGAAAUAUGUUUUGAUCAGGAAAUGCAGACUCAAUAAAGGCUGCUUUACAGAUGGCAGUUGACUCCAGUUAAGAUCCAUCAUAUUUUUGAUACUAGGGAGAUGCUCUAUUGGAGGCUCUGAGGGGAAAGGGGAACAUACUUGCACAUGUGGUAGUUGUGUUCAGGAAUUAGAUGGUUUUGGGCGGAAAAUAUUAAAGAGAUUCAUUUGAUAACAAAAUGUCAGCUUCCUAGAGAUGCCCAGCCUGCUUACUUAAUGCUCCAGUAAAGGAUCAGCAUUUUAAACAGAAUGAGAAAUUAAUUCCUUUCUUAGUGUUAGCAGCUUAGCUAUGUAUUGCACAUUGGUGGAAAAAUUGGACCCCCUUCUCCUACAGAAUUGUGACAGAAUAAAAUACAGACUGUUCUUGUAAGGGAACAGCUUCCAUACCAACCUUCCAUGUCAAGUACGUACACAAGAGAAAUGCCGAAAAGAGCACAGGUAUUUAGAAAUUUGGUCACUCUUUCUAAAGUACUCAAAGGAGGAUAGCUCACUAGCCAGCAAAUCAGAAUUUUUAGCCAUAUUCUUUGACUGUUAACUUGAUUCU